AUGGGGAAGGGGAUGGCGGCUACGGCGGUUCUGCGCGCGCACCACCGCAAGCAACGUUCGGCCAAGGCCCUCGCCCCGGGGGUGGAACUGGAUCUCGCUACAAUCAAACCCCUUCGAUGGGGCGUGACGACUACGGAGCGGUUCUCUAAACCUGCAGGAGGAAACGUGGAAAUGGCCUCUCUCGCACAAAAUGCAGGCUCAUUCGCUGCGUCGGGCGACCCGAAUGCAAUUUUGAACGAGUGCCGCAGCAUCGACCGGGGAAUCGAUCAAAUCGACCAGAACCUGAACCAAUUGCGAAUGUUACAAGACCGAUCCUUAAACGAGGCCGACUCAUCUGGGUCAUCCACGUCGAAACAGCUGGAUGCUCUCGCGUCGGACACUAUGGCUCUCUACCGUCAACUUACUGAGCGGGUGCGGCAAGUAAAAAGCCAGAGGGAGGCCCAGCAACCCAAAAAUGCGCCACAGGUCGGUCGCGUUGAUCGCCGCUUGAAACAAGCGAUCCAGUCCUACCAGCAAGUUGAGUCGGCCUUUCGCAAGAAAACACAAGAUCAGAUGGCUCGACAAUAUCGUAUCGUGCGGCCAGACGCAUCGGAAUCCGAGGUCCGUGCUGUUGUGGAAGAUACGGCAGCUGGUAGCCAGAUGUUCCAGCAGGCCAUGAUGCAGAGCGACCGUCGUGGCCAGGCCCGUGCCGUUCUGAGUGCCGUCCAAGAUCGGCAUGCAGCACUUCAGAAGAUCGAACAGCAAAUGGUCGAGCUGGCUCAGUUGUUCCAGGAUAUGGACACACUUAUUGUCCAGCAAGAAGUCAAUGUUAUGCAAAUCGAGCAGAAGGCUGAGGAGGCCGUCGUGAACAUAGACAAGGGUAAUGAGGAGAUUGCAGUUGCUGUCACUACGGCCAGGAAGACUCGGAAAAAGAAGUGGAUUUGUCUGGGUAUCUGCGUCAUUAUCGUUGUGGUAUACGUCUUGAUCAACAAGCAAGGCAGCAGCAAGAAACGGAGUAUCGGUGGGCGAGCCCUUGACUUUGCCAAUGACCGGUCGGUGGCACACGUCUACGAACUAGCGAGCGCUGUCGCACGGACGUCUCUAUCCGGCCGGUACGUCAUAAAUACCGAUUUCACCAAAGAUGACACCGCCUCUUGA